AUGUCGAUCUCUCUUGACAACUCCUUGGUGUUGUAUACUCUUCAGACGCUGAAAGACGAGGUUGAUUCGCCUCUUGAAGUAUCUUCUAGUAAAACUGUACGUCCUGGGGACGAUGACUCACUACUAGAGUCCCUACAAGAACUGUCCUCGAAAGCCGUGUCGUUUUCAACAUUUAUUACCACGGCAAACAGGCUGACUGCCCAAUCGAAUUAUGUAACCAGCAUAGAGUGGAGGGCUGCACCACAAAACUGUGCGGGUCACGAAUACGUCGUGCUCUAUGUUUCUUCAAGCCCGCGAGUCCCUCCAUGUCUUGCGAUACGUCUUGACAGAUAUGGGAAAUUGGGUAUUCGAGGGCGAUGGUGGAAUCGAACCCCAUGGAGCUUGAAGCCAAACGAUACCCGAGCCGCUACUACCGUACUCGCUGGUCCAGUGGGACAUGAAGUUGCCGAUCCCUCCAAGGGCGAGUGUUUUCAAAAGUACCAAUAUUGGACACACGCGCUUCCAUCCACCGAACUAAUCUCGGAUCUGAAACGAUCACUCGAGAACGCACGUAGAGACACAUGCACCGUGGUCAACGAAAGCCUACGUCGUUACGAGUCCAACGGUCUAUACCUCCCUAAUGCGAAAAUUGGGAGGCGCUGGGCUGAUUCCCGUGGGUUAGAGUAUGUCCAUGCUGAUAUCGCAAACGUGUUAGCAGAAGCGAUGGACACCGGGAUCCUUAGGUGUAUGCUGCAGUCAUUCUGCGUUCGCUUUUCCCCUUCCUGGUUGGUACCCUUUGUUCCCCACAAAAACGUGCAAGUAAGGCAAGAAUACGGCCGGAUUAUUGAGGACUAUCGCACCAGACUUUGGAAUAUAAUUGACUCGUGUCCAGGACUUGACUCCGAGGCCCGGGCUCGGCUUCGAACUUCCUGGGGCGUGAAAGAGCCACCCGUGCCUCCAUCCAUCCUUAUCCAGCUACUUAAUCGCUCGCUUUCUGAUCAGGCACUUAUUUCGCCUUACAUGCCCAUCGCAACGCUAUCGGACGUUGCAUCUCGUCUUGAUACCAUAUGUUCAGUUAUGCCCGAAUCAGGUGCAACAACUUUCAUGUGUCGUCUGUAUGCUCGAACAUUAGUGGGUCGAUUUCCCGAUGAGCUUUGGCACGGGUACACUACUUCUACUCCACCUACGCCUGUGAGCUUGAUGCGUGCGACCUGGAAACGGGCAAAAGAUAGCGAGAUAUUCUGGGUGUUUUUCGAUAUCAUUGUCCAAUGGCUCAUUUUCCUGUUUUUGAUUCCUGUCGAAGGCGUCUCCGGAGCUUGGGUGUUGGUCUUACCUUUUAUCCAUGCCUGGAUUCAGAUCCCUCUGUGGAUAAAAGAACGAAAGUUUUGGCGCCGACUAUGGAGAGUUUAUGACGGUAGCCCUGUACAAGCUGAGGGGGAACCGUGGCAUCAUGAUGACGAUCCCAUGUUGCGGCAUAGUAAAACUUCAUCUUAUGGGGACAAUACGGCGAGAAUAGCCCUGGAUACAGCAGAAAUAGGGCUGGAAGUCUUUCGAGAGCACUAA